CGGUCACGCUGCAGUUUAGGUCACAUGAAGAGACAUGGCGGCUGAGAUCCACUCCCGUUCCCCUCGCGGCCCGGUCCUCCUCACUAAGAUCCCGGGGCACCGGGAGCACGUGACCUCCGCCUGUUUCAUUCCGCGCGAGGACGGAGUUAUCACGGCCAGCGAGGAUCGUACACUGCGGGUAUGGCUGAAGAGGGACAGCGGCCAGUACUGGCCAAGCAUCUAUCACACCAUGUCAUCUCCUUGCUCAGCACUGAGAUAUCAUCACGAGAGCCGAAAGAUCUUCGUGGGUCAAGAUAGCGGAGCAGUUGUUGAAUUUCUGAUCUCGGACGACUUCAAUAAAAUGAACUUUGUGAAGACGUAUCCAGCUCAUCAAAGCCGUGUGACGGAGAUCAUCUACUCCCCAGGCCCUGAGUGGGUGAUCAGCACCGGCCAUGACAAGUUCAUCACGUGGAUGUGCACCCAGAGCGGGUCUUUGGUAGGAAGACACAGCUUCGCCUCCUGGGCAUCCUGUCUCCAGUAUGACGAGGAUACUAAAUAUGCCUUUGUGGGAGACUUCUCUGGCCAGAUCACUCUGCUGAAACUGGAGCAGGGAAGCUGUUCUGUGAUCUCAACACUUAAAGGACAUGAAGGCAGCAUCUCCUGCCUCUACUGGGAUCCUGUCCAGAGGUAUCUCUUUUCUGGAUCCUCCGAUCAUAGCAUAAUCUUGUGGGACAUCGGAGGGAGACAAGGACGUACGCUCAUUCUCCAAGGACACCAUGACAAAGUGCAGGGUUUGUGCUACCUGCAGCUCACACGGCAGCUGGUUUCAUGCUCCACCGAUGGAUGCAUCUGUGUCUGGAACAUGGAUAUUGACCGAGAAGAGGCUCCGCAGUGGCUAGAAAGCGAUUCCUGCCAGAAGUGUUCCCAACCCUUCUUUUGGAACAUAAAACAAAUGUGGGACACAAAGACGGUUGGGUUAAGACAGCACCACUGUAGGAAGUGUGGGAAGGCUGUGUGCGGGAAAUGCAGCUCCAAGAGAUCCACCUACCCCAUUAUGGGUUUUGAGUUCCAGGUGCGAGUCUGUGACGCCUGCUACGAGACCAUCAAGGAUGAGGAUCGCGCACCACUGGCUACGUUCCACGAGGGCAAACAUAACGUCUGCUUCAUGACCAUGGAUAUCUCUAGAGGGCUUAUGGUAACCUGCGGGACCGACCGGCUAGUGAAGAUCUGGGACAUGACUCCCACAGUAGGCUGUAGUUUAGCCACCGGUUUUACUCCUCGCUGAGCAUUUGACUCCCUUCUGUCCCGAGCAAUGCACCUUAUGUACAGCCAUGCACACGCGCACUAACACUUGAUGGGCCACCGUUUCCAAUCUCUCUACUUCUACAUGCCGCGUGGAAGCAAAGCAAUGGACCAUGCAGUUAUCCCAACUCAGCAGGAGAUGCCUUAAUCGCCAAGGAGUUGUCCAUCCGUCGUUCUCGUCUGAUGGUUUAGCGUACUUCAUCACAGUGCUGGAAGCAUUCGAGGGGUUUUUAUUUUACCGGCCAUUAGUUGGAGAAGACGGCAGUGUAUAAAUUGCCACAACAAGCAAAGUGCAGCUGGCGAACCACAAAUAGCUGCUCGGUAUUUAGAAGCAAUACAGCUCGUCUCCCGAGAGCACUAAACCCACAUAUAAUAUUAAUAAUAAAAAAAUAACAUUCCUCUAUUUUUCGGUAGCUAGCCUUAAUAAUCUGUCGCGCACAUCUGACCAGGUCUUCCGUUUGGAAUGCUUUUGUUUUGUAUAUUUCUCACCACAGUGCUACCA